AGGUCACUCGUCAUACGUCGGGUCAGAGGUCACUCGUCAUGUGUCGGGUCAGAGGUCACUAGUCAUGUGUCGGGUCAGAGGUCACUCGUCAUGUGUCGGGUCAGAGGUCACUCGUCAUGUGUCGGGUCAGAGGUCACUCGUCAUACCUCAGGUCAGAGGUCACUCGUCAUGCGUCGGGUCAGAGGUCACUCGUCAUGCGUCGGGUCAGAGGUCACUCGUCAUGUGUCGGGUCAGAGGUCAUGCGUCAGGUCAGAGGUCACUCGUCAUACGUCGGGUCAGAGGUCACUCGUCAUGUGUCGGGUCAGAGGUCACUUGUCAUGUGUCGGGUCAGAGGUCACUCGUCAUGCGUCAGGACAGAGGUCACUCGUCAUGUGUCGGGUCAGAGGUCACUAGUCAUGUGUCGGGUCAGAGGUCACUUGUCAUGUGUCGGGUCAGAGGUCACUCGUCAUGUGUCGGGUCAGAGGUCACUUGUCAUGCCUCAGGUCAGAGGUCACUCGUCAUGCGUCGGGUCAGAGGUCACUCGUCAUGCGUCAGGUCAGAGGUCACUCGUCAUGUGUCGGGUCAGAGGUCACUCGUCAUGUGUCGGGUCAGAGGUCACUUGUCAUGUGUCGGGUCAGAGGUCACUCGUCAUGUGUCGGGUCAGAGGUCACUCGUCAUGCGUCAGGUCAGAGGUCACUCGUCAUGUGUCGGGUCAGAGGUCCCUCGUCAUGCGUCGGGUCAGAGGUCGCUCAUCAUACGUCGGGUCAAAGGUCACUCGUCAUGUGUCGGGUCAGAGGUCACUCGUCAUGUGUCGGGUCAGAGGUCCCUCGUCAUGCGUCGGGUCAGAGGUCACUCAUCAUACGUCGGGUCAGAGGUCACUCGUCAUGUGUCGGGUCAGAGGUCACUAGUCAUGUGUCAGGACAGAGGUCACUAGUCAUGCGUCGGGUCAGAGGUCACUCGUCAUGUGUCAG